CUCGGUCUACGUACGGUCCACACUCGACAUUGUUAUAAAGAGUCAAGUCAACCGCAAGUCAUCCGUGGGCGCUUUCGUGGCCUGGUUGUGUUUGGGCUGGCGCUGGUGAUUAGCGGCUACCCGUACUUGCCCGACCCGGAUUUGGUGACUGGGCCUAGCGACGGACGGAGAGGAUGAGUGGCGGGUGGUCGUCGCGAUGGCUGGCCCGGUUCUCGGUCGAGAAGCAAGAGACCCUCCUGAAAAUGAUGGUCUUGUCCGCCUCCGCACUAUUGGCCUUUGCCAUCCGUUUGUUCUCCGUGUUGAGCUUCGAGUCCAUGAUCCACGAGUUCGAUCCGUACUUCAAUUACCGCACCACGCGUUUCCUCACCGAGGAGGGCUUCUACGCCUUCCACAACUGGUUCGAUGACCGGGCUUGGUAUCCCCUAGGACGCAUCAUCGGCGGCACUAUCUACCCCGGACUCAUGCUAACCUCGGCCGUGUUCUACCACGUGCUCAAUUUCCUCCACGUGACCAUCCACGUGCGCGACGUGUGCGUCUUCUUGGCCCCGUUUUUCUCCUCGUUGACCGUGCUCAUCACGUAUCAAUUGACCCGAGAGCUGUACUCCACCGGGGCCGGAUUGGCCGCGGCGGCCAUGAUCGCCAUCGUGCCCGGAUAUAUUUCUCGAUCCGUAGCGGGUUCCUAUGAUAACGAAGGGAUCGCCAUUUUCUGCAUGCUCCUCACGUAUUAUCUGUGGAUUAAGAGUGUCAAGACAGGCCAAGUGUAUUGGGCUGCUUUGUGCGCGGUGGGCUACUUUUACAUGGUGUCAUCGUGGGGUGGAUACGUGUUUUUGAUCAACUUGAUCCCCAUGCACGUGUUCGUGCUCAUGGCUUGUGGGCGGUACUCGCAUCGUAUCUACGUGGCCUACUCCACGGUUUACACCUUGGGAACGCUCCUCUCGAUGCAAAUCUCCUUUGUGGGAUUCCAACCCGUUCAGACCUCGGAGCACAUGCUAUCAUUGGGCGUGUUCGGCUUGUGCCAAAUCUUGAGCUUCAUCAAUCACCUACAAGCCAACAUGACCAAAGAGAGCUUCAACCACUUGUUCAAGACCCUGGUUCUCAUUGUGGGCUCCAUUGUGGCUCUGGGUUUAGGCGUGCUAACUUUGUCCGGGAAAGUCGCCCCUUGGACCGGGCGAUUCUACUCGUUACUCGAUCCUUCCUAUGCCAAAAACAACAUCCCUAUAAUCGCGUCUGUGUCGGAGCAUCAACCCACGUCUUGGUCGUCGUUUUACUUUGACCUGCAGAUCCUGACCUUUCUUUUUCCCGCUGGAGUGUAUUACUGUUUUGCCAAACUCACGGACCAUAAUAUCUUCGUGAUUCUUUACGGCGUGACAUCCGUGUACUUUGCGGGAGUAAUGGUGCGGUUGAUGCUAGUUUUGGCCCCCGUGAUGUGCAUCUUGUCCGGGAUAGCAGUGUCGGCUUCCUUGUCCACUUACAUGAAAUACUUGGAAGGGAAUCACAAAUCCGAAAAGAAGCCCAGCAAAGCCAAGCCAUCGAUUCCCUCAGAUCAGCGAGGAUCCCACAAGGAGCUCAUCGCCACGGCGUUUGUCACGAUCGUCUCAGGAUUCUUGGUCAGUUACGCCUUCCAUUGCGUAUGGGCCACAUCUCGGGCCUAUAGUUCUCCCAGUAUCGUCCUCUCGGCUCGAUCUCAUGACGGUUCUCGUAUCAUCUUUGACGACUUUCGGGAAGCCUAUGGUUGGUUGAGAGAAAACACGCCAGAAAAUGCCAAGAUCAUGUCUUGGUGGGAUUAUGGAUAUCAGAUCACGGCCAUGGCCAAUCGGACCAUCUUGGUGGACAAUAACACUUGGAACAACACACAUAUCUCGAGGGUGGGUCAGGCCAUGGCCUCGGACGAGGAGCACGCCUAUGAGAUCAUGAAAGAACUUGACGUGGAUUAUGUGCUCGUUAUAUUCGGCGGAGUGAUUGGAUACUCCUCGGAUGAUAUCAAUAAAUUCCUAUGGAUGGUGCGGAUUGGUGGAAGCACACCCGAAGGAGAACAUAUCAAAGAAUGGGAUUACUACACCCCCUCAGGCGAGUUCCGAGUCGACUCUGAGGGAAGUCCCACCUUGCACAAUUGUCUUAUGUACAAGAUGUGCUAUUACCGAUUUGGACAGAUGUACACGGAAGGAGGUAAGCCUUCUGGUUACGAUCGUGUUCGAAAUGCGGAAAUCGGCGUGAAGGACUUUGAAUUGGACGUCUUGGAAGAGGCUUACACAACUGAGCAUUGGAUUGUUCGCAUCUAUAAGGUGAAAGAUAUGCCCAAUCGCGGGGUUUAAACGUCCAGUUUUUCGACCAGGCAUUCUCGAGACUAACUUUUCUAACCCGUCGAUUCACUGAAUACUCGAGAAGUAGGUACUCUUGGUUAAUCUUCAAUAUUUUGGUUACAAUCUUUUUUCGUCUUUAUCUCCUCUGCCAAUCUCUGAACUCUGUUAAUUAUUUGUCAUUCCUCUGUUCCAUUUUCCAAGUCCAACACUCGUGUGACACUUCACGAUGGCAUUAAAUCUAAUAAAACGCCAACAAUGUAAUCUCACAACUGAUCUCUUCGGAUCUGUUGACUCGUAAUCAUGAUGUGAUAAUCCCUCUGAUAACCUUUCCUUGGAUCAAUGAACCUGAACUCCCCCCGCCAUUCAUUGUGUGUGACUAACAUUUGAUGAACGAUAGAUUCCACGCCCCACCCCCCUCCUCCAUUUAAGUUCAUGGGAAGACGAGGAGUUUCUUUUCUGUGUCACGAGUGAGAGUGAAAAAUAAGGAACUUGUCUUUGCGUGGGCGUGUCAUUUCAGUAUGAGUUGUGUUACCCGUUCAUAAAGAAGUUUCAAACAA